UUUUAUAAAUAUCCUUUGAUUGGAAGAGAAAAAAACAAUUUGAGAAUGUUGUCUAUGUCAUCAGACACAAUAGAAUCGUAUGGAUCACGAGAAAUGACACAUGUUGAAUAUGGAUACAGUCGAUCUUCAACUCCGGAUAGUUCGGCAUCAAGUAGGCUAGCUGCUCAAUUGGAAAGAUCAGCAUAUCGGAGAUCGAGAAGUAAAACUAGGCGAAAACAAAAUUCUAAACAGGGCGACAUCAAUUGUGCCUAUGUUUCCGGACGAAAAGGACCUCGAAAUAAACGUUUGAAACAGCAACAAAGAAGUCAAUCUUACGAACAAGAUGAGUUCUAUAUGAGUGCGACUUGGCCAAUAAAUGGCACUGUACACCCACCAAUUAGAAGAUCGCUAAACUUGGAUGAAGAACAUGAAACAAGUAACAAAACAAUGAGAAAACCGAUAAGUACAGAACAAUAUUCCAAAGAACGUUGUUUCGGUGAACACAAUAAGGAUGAUGGACAAGUUUUAACAGCGCAGCCUGUGAGCUCUUCCUAUACUGUUAGUUGCGUAACAAAUGGUGAUGAUGGUUACUAUCGACAUGCAGUGGUUACUCCUUCAAGACUUUCUGAGGCUGCAGGCGAGGGACAGGGAAGACGAUCGCGUUUAAACCAACAGAAUGGAAUAAAUAACAAAUCGCCUGAAAAAAUCAAUGGUUUCUUACCAAAUAACCGAAAAGUACCACCGCAACCGGAAACCCAAAACGUGUACGAGGGUCAAACUGGCCAGUUCGUUAGUAAAAAUAACAGGAAUUUUAACGUAAGUAAAGUUAGAUUUGAAGAAAGUUGGGAAGAUAGUCCUAGUAGGAAAUCUGAUUAUAAAGUCCGCGAGGCUACUGGUAUGACUAUACCUAUUCGCGAUGAAACCGCUGGGUAUAAAACUCCCAGGGAAAUCCCACAAACUAAUGGUAGUGGUGACAUUGACAACUUCGAGUCAAAAGGGAAUGCUAAUACUAAUUUGGAUACUUCAAGUAAGAAUACAAUCAAAAGUGCGCCAGGUAAAAUUCCACUGAAUACAUCAGGACAAGACAAGCCUGCAAUCACACAAGUAAAAGACCAUAAACGCGAUGUUCCCAGUAGGCUUGAUGGUGGAAAUAGACUGGAUUGUGGUUCCCCGCAAAGUCGUUCCGAGGUCGGUCGAACCGACGAGUCCAGACCUCUGGGACUGCGUCAACUAAUAAAAAUUCACGAGAUUCAGAUAGCGGAGGUUGCGAAAAGUGCCGCUUCAAUGAAGAAACCAUCGUCUGUAGGGAAAGCGCACGAAGGUCGUUUAGUGAAAGUGAAAAUCGUUCCCGAAAUUGAGACUAAACAAUCGCACGCGAAACAAAAUGCAGCAAAGGUUACCUUUGCCGGAAAUAAGAGCAGCUCAGACAGCCCAUCUCCACGGAAAAUGCAAAGCGGGGAGGUGAGAAGUAAUGUUGUAGAGCCUGCUAACGAGAAAGAAGUUUUAAAUGUUAAGAAUGAAGCAAGCCUGGUUACAACGAGGGCAGCCGUCAAACCGAAACGACACACUGUUGAAUUGAGGACAAAACCGCCUGUUCAGGAAGACCAGAAAUGGAAGCGACACACUGCAAUUGGUUUAGUAGGUUUCGACCAUCAAGAAAAUGAAGUCCCUCAUGGCGAGUUGGGCGAGCUGUCGCCAAAAGGAAAGAACCAAAAGAAGAUGUUUAUCAGUGAUAGUGAUGCAGAGGUCGAGUAUUUGAGAAAACAACCUGUUGAACCCGAGAAGCAAUUUGUAGACGAAAGGGUUCAAAGAUCUAACGUGAUGGAACUUAAAACAUCUGCUGUUAAUAAAGAAAUAAAUGAAUUGUGGAAAGAAGCGGAUGAAGGGAAAGAUUUGUUGGACAAUGAGUCCGAAGUGCCACCAGAACGCCCACCCUUACCAAAAAAUUUUUACAGCAGUGUAGAGGAAAUUGUGGCAAGACCUCCACCUCCUGUUUAUAAAAACGAUCUUGAAAAUACUCCAACAUUGGAUUUUAAGCAGUCGAAGGUCGAUUAUGGACCUAGAAUGGAUUUUAAACCAAAUAUUGAAUAUUCCCCAGCUGCAGAUAUCAAACCGGUUUAUGGUCCUCCUGCAGAUAUCACACCAACAUACGGUGCUACUGCAGAUAUCAAACCAGCUUAUGGUGCUACUGCUGAUAACAAACCAACAUAUGGUGCUACUGCUGAUAACAAAACAACAUAUGGUGCUAUUGUAGAUAUUAAACCAACGUAUGGUGCUACUGCUGAUAACAAACCAUAUGGUGCUACUGCUGAUAUCAAACCAUCUUAUGGUACUACUGCUGAUAUCAAACCAAAAACUGGAUAUGUUCCCAAGGAGAUUUUUGCACCAAGUACCGAAUUUGUUUCAAAAGUGGAUUUUGAGCCAAAUGUUGAAUACAUCAAGGCAUCCCCUUUGAGUGAACAAACACGACCACGCCCUAUUACAUUAUCCAGCAGUUUGCCGGCUAUACACGUGUCUACUGCGAUCGUACAAAGUAACGGCGAAGAUGUACUUGAACAAGAACAUAUUCAAGAAAAGGAUCACGUACUUGGUAAGACCAGAACCACUAGGGAAAUGUAUGAAGAAAGAUUGGCUAGAAUCAACUUGGUUCCUCUUGUGGUAUCCGAUCGGCACCAGGAGAUGGUGAAUUCCCUCUGCAGCAGUUUGGAAAGCUUUGCUUGGGAUAAUUCGUGUAACAUUCAUAAUCUGAACAAGGGCGAAUAUUUGGAUAAACUUAAAACAUACAUGAAACAAAUGAAAGUUUUAACAAAGCAGAAAGAAGAUCUUGAGAAAAAUUUUGAACGUGAAAGACGCGACUGGAAGAGAAAAUACGAAGAACAGCAGAAGGUUGCAAAUGCUUAUCAGAAACUAGAAGAUCGUUAUAGACGUCAGGUUCAGGAAUUGCAAGAAGCGUUAAAGUUGUGUAGGUGCACAGACACUGAGACCAGGAAAGCUUUGUUUCUUGGACAGUCAGGGAAACGAACAGACCAAUAUUUCAUGUCAACACAAACACAGUCAAUCCUAGACGAGACCGAGGAAUGGCUAAAAGCACAGUCCGUUCGGUCUGAUGUAACAUACAAUUCAGAAAAUAUCAGCACCAGAAGAAUACAAAACGCGCACAGUUCCCAUGAUUCACUGACGGACACUGUAGGUGUGGAAUCGAAGUGGACAAUGGACUAUAAGGAUGUUGCUCUUACGACUGGUAUUGAUCAAUAUAACGGAACAAGUGUUUAGGGCUUUGAUGGGGAUUGUAGAUAAUUAUACUAUAGCGCAAUUUGGUAGCAACGUGUAGAAGUUUUUAUGAAUGGUGAUUUUGAGAAAGUUCGGAAUGCACGGGGCAGGACUAAUUCUAUGAAUUAAAAUUGAAUAGAUAAGAAGAAUAGUUGUAGAUAAAGUUUCCCUGAAUUGAUCAAAAAUUGUUUCUUGUAUUCCGAUAUUCUCAAGUUUAGAUAUUAAACCAACAUGUGAAUAAUACAACUAAAGUCCCUUGUCUCGAGCAAAACUAUAAUUUUGGACUCUAACUUUUCUAUAUUUUAGUGAAAAUUUGCUAAGACUAGAUAGCCUUAUCAUGCAAAAAACGGGUUAAAACUAUAUCUACUGCUGACCUGCAUGGGUGCAGUGCAUGUGCACUCUAUAUAUUAAUUACAAUAUUUGCUCUAAUACUUAUAAUUUCUUUUAUACCCGGCCGACAUGCUUUAUAGAUUUGAUUUUCUUU